AUGAUCGAGAUUGCGACUCGUGGUCAAUCAGCAUGCACUCAAUGGUAUAAAGUGCGAGAAGUUCGAAUUUCAAGUACAAAUGUUUACUCGAUUUGUGUUGAGAAGUAUGAUUUUCAAAAGUUGAUACAUUCUAUUCUACAAGAUAAAAAUAAAAAUCUGUCUUCGAAUCCUGCUGUUCGUCAUGGAGUGUUAAGUGGAGAAAUGUGUCGUCGUCGAUAUGUGCUUGAGCAGAGAAAAAAGAAUAUUUGUUCUACAACUCAUCCUAGUGGACUUGUUAUUGAUCAAGCUGCUCCAUACUUAUGUUGCAGUCCAGAUGCUUUAGUUGUUGAAGUUGUUAAUCAUACGAUGUCGUUUGGUAUUCUUGGAUGUAAAUGCAUUUAUGCUGAUGAAAAUGUUACUUGGAAUGAUCUUAUUAUCGCACGUGAAAACUGUUGUCUGAAAUGGAAAGAUAAUCAACUUCAACUACGUACGGAUCAUCCAUACUAUUAUCAGUUUGUUAUGUUCGACGUUUAG